AGUUGCAUUCUAAAAUUUAUGUUUGUCAAAAUUGACAAUUCAGUAUAACCUACGAACAUGUGCAUUAUUUUGCUUAUAUUAACCCUUAAAUGUAUGCUCUUAUUUAUUAAUGUUUAACCAGCUUUAGAGAGCCAAUAAGGUGAAAAUUAGUGCACUUAUUCAAUACCUGAUAUUCUUCAAGAUAAAGCGCCAUGUUUACCACCAAGUGUUUCAUCAAAAAGAACAAAAUCGGGAAUUUCCUGAAACACGUUCGAGAACACUAUAUCAGAGACGACAUUUCCUGCGGAAUACCCAGCUGUGAUGAUUGCAACGCUGAAGCCUCCAGCCACUUGAAUGAAGUGCACCUCAACAAGUGUUCUCUAUUCAAAUUCGAGCAUUUUAUCAUCCUGGACACGAACGUGAUUUUAGACCAGAUGGAUGUGCUGGAAGAGCCAAUCAUUUGCAACGUGAUUAUUCUGCAUACGGUUUAUAAGGAGGUGAAACAUCGCAGUUUGCCGAUUUAUAAGCGCUUGAACGCGGUGCUGGAAAACCCCAGCAGACAUUUUUACAUUUUUGUCAAUGACCAUCACAAAGACACCUUCCUGCCUGAGGACAAAAACGAACUAAUCAACGAUCAUAAUGAUCGAUGUAUUAGAAAAGCCACCUCUUGGUACAUGGGGCACGUGCCAAAGGGACACUUUGUGUUGAUCACAGAUGAUGCAAAGAAUCGACAACUGGCGUUGGCCGAUAACAUCCCCACCUGUACCAUCACUGACUAUGUAAAGCAUUUAGAAAACAACUCGAUUCUGCAGGAUAAACUGUCCAGAAAGGACUUCCACAGCGAAAAGGAGGCCAAAGACAUUUUCCCACCACACUUAUCCACCGCGGCCCUCUUAAAGGGGAUUAAGGAAGGCGUUUUACACCAAGGAACUUUCAGAGCUUCCAAAGACAAUUUCCUCGAAGGCUUCGUCUCAGUGGAUGGCUUUACAGAACCCGUGCUACUGCAAGGACGCGACGGUUUGAACAGAUCAGUCGACGGCGAUAUUGUAGCUGUUGAAGUUUUCAAAAUGGAAAACUGGGUGAGUCCAAGCGAAAUCGUUCUGGAGGACGAAGGCGUUUCUGAAGAGUCCAUCGAAGACGUGGAACAAAAAGAACAAGCCUUGAAGAACACCACUGUGCAGGAAGCGGAAAUCAAACCCACCGGCCGCGUAGUGGGAAUAAUUCGCAGGAAAUGGAAGCAGUAUUGUGGAAUUAUUCAGGGCAAUUCAGAGGGACUCUAUCAGAUCUUCGUACCCGCUAACCGAUCAAUUCCGAAAGUGCGCAUCGAAACUCGCCAAGCCGAGUUCUUGAAGACCCAGAAACUGAUUGUUACUAUCGACUCAUGGCCAAGAUCCUCCCGGUACCCGCAUGGUCACUUUGUGAGAGCUCUGGGCCGUAUCGGCAGCCAAGACACGGAAAACGAAGUAGUACUGCUAGAACACGACGUGCCCCACAGUCAGUUCUCCGAAGAAGUGCUCAGCUGCCUGCCGAAACUUCCCUGGAUUAUCACGGAAGAAGACGAGAAGCGCAGGGUUGAUCUGCGAAGCAUCGAUAUAUGCUCAGUGGACCCUCCCGGCUGUACAGACAUCGAUGACGCUCUUCAUUGUCGGCUCAUUGAAGAGGGCAAGCUGGAAGUGGGUGUCCAUAUUGCGGAUGUGUCCCACUUCAUUCGCCCGGGUACUGCCAUUGACUCGGAGGCAGCUUCACGAGCCACCACCGUAUAUCUAGUAGGCACCCGCAUUGACAUGGUUCCGGGACUGCUGAGCUCGAAUUUGUGCUCCCUUAGAGGUGGCGAAGACAGAUUUGCCUUCUCGUGCAUAUGGGAGAUGGACCUGCAGGCCAAUAUCCUCAGUACAAGAUUCCACAAGAGUAUUAUCAAAUCAAAAAGCGCCAUGACGUAUGAAGAAGCCCAACUCACCAUAGAUGACCAAACAAAAACCGAUGCCAUUGCCGAAUCUUUGCGGAAUCUGAACAAGCUGGCCAAGAUUCUGAAGAAGCGUCGUCUAGAAAACGGCGCUUUAGUUUUGGCUUCCACUGAAGUCAAGAUUCUGAUGGACUCAGAAACCAUGGAACCCUUGGACGUGGAAUUGAAGAAAAUGUACCAAACCAACUCAAUGGUGGAAGAGUUCAUGUUGCUGGCCAACAUCAGUGUGGCCCAAAAGAUACUGCAAGAGUUUCCAGACUGCGCGAUGCUCAGACGACAUCCCACUCCCCCUGCUUCCAACUUUGAUCCUCUCGUCAAAGCGGGCAGGCAUUUGGGCUUCGAUAUUCAAGUGGACUGUGGAAGGAAUCUAGCAGACUCUUUGGACAGGGCAGUUAAACCGGAGAACCCAUACCUUAACACGAUGCUGAGGAUGUUGGCUACCAGAUGCAUGUUGCAAGCGGUUUAUUUCCCCAGCGGAACAUUGCAGAAGGAGGACUUUUACCAUUACGGCCUGGCUGUCCCACUUUACACCCAUUUUACAUCCCCCAUUCGUCGAUAUGCCGACAUAAUCGUUCAUCGGUUGUUGGCGGUUAUUUGUGGGUCGGACAGCACCUAUCCAGACUUGCUGGACAAGCAGAAAUCCAGCGAACUGUGCCAGAAUUUGAACUACCGCAACAGAAUGGCGCAAUACGCCGGAAGGGCCUCAGUAGCUUUCAACACUCAUCUGUUCUUCAAGGGCAAGCUCAACGAUGAGGAAGGCUACAUUUUGUAUGUGAGGAAAAACGCCCUACAGAUUCUGAUUCCCAAGUACGGUCUGGAAUGCACACUGUAUUUGGUAAAAAAGAACGAAACCACGCUGUUCGAGUACGAUGAAGAGCACCAAACGCAAAGGGCAGGCGAUGUGGUGUUUCAUACUUUCGACCCGGUUACCAUCAGAUUGCAGCUGGAUUCCAGCAAUAUUCAACACGAAAAAUUCUCAGUUUUGCUGGUGCAACCUGCCAUUCCUGGAUUCAGCGUUCCAGCUCUAUCGAAAGACGAUGAACAGGUGAACGAUGCAGAGCCGGUGAAAAAGGGCAAAAAACGGAAAAAUAUCGCCGCUAAGAGUCCCAAGAAAAGCAAAUCAUAAACGCUGAGUUCGUUAAGUUUUAUCGUUGACUUUGAUUAAAAGUUUUGUAAAUUUA